UGCUCAGUGUGUGGAAAGAGAUUCAGUAAGAGUGGCCAUCUUCAAGGGCAUCAGAGAACUCACACUGGGGAGAAACCUUUUGAAUGCUCAGAGUGUGGAAAGAAAUUCAGUAUGAGAGGUAAUCUUCAAACGCAUCAAAGAACUCACACAGGGGAGAAGCCUUUUGAAUGCUCUGAGUGUGGGAAGAGAUUCAGUCAGAGUGGCGGUCUUCAAGUGCACCAAAGAACCCACACAGGGGAGAAACCUUUUGAAUGCUCAGAGUGUGGAAAGAGAUUCCAGUGUGGAAAGAGCUUUAGUCAGAGUGGCAGUCUUCAACGGCAUCUUAGAACCCACACAGGGGAGAAACCUUUUGAAUGUUCAGUGUGUGGAAAGAGAUUCAGUCUGAGAUGCACUCUUCAACAGCAUCAAAGAACUCACACAGGGGAGAAACUUUUUGAAUGUUCAGAGUGUGGAAAGAGAUUCAGUGAGAGGGGGACUCUUCAACAGCAUCAAAGAACUCACACAGGGGAGAAACCUUUUGAAUGCUCAGAGUGUGGAAAGAGAUUCAGUCAGAGUGGCAAACUUCAACGUCAUCGGAGAACUCACACAGGGGAGAAACCUUUUGAAUGCUCAGAGUGUGGAAAGAGAUUCAGUCAGAGGGGGACUCUUCAACAGCAUCAAAGAACUCACACACGGGAGAAACCUUUUGAAUGCUCAGUGUGUGGAAAGAGAUUCAUUGAGAGGGGCAAGCUUCAACAGCACCAGAGGAGUCACACAGGGGAGAAACCUUUUGAAUGUUCAGUGUGUGGAAAGAGAUUCAGUGAGAAGGGGUCUCUUCAAAAGCAUCAGAGAACACACACUAAGGAGAAACCUUUUGAAUGCUCACUAUGUGGAAAAAGAUUCAGUUACAGGAAUGCAUUUCAACUGCACCAAAGGACCCACACAGGGGAGAAACCUUUUGAAUGCUCAGUAUGUGGAAAGAGAUUCAGUUACAGGAAUGCAUUUCAACUACAUCAAAGAACUCAUACAGGGGAGAAACCUUUUGAAUGUUUGGAGUGUGGAAAGAGAUUCAGUGUGAGAGGCAGUCUUCAACUGCAUCAGAGAACUCACACAGGGGAGAAACCUUUUGAAUGCGCCGAGUGUGGAAAGAGAUUCAGUCAAAGUAGCAAUCUUCAGUUGCACCAAAGAACCCACACAGGGGAGAAAGCUUUUGAAUGCUCAGUGUGUGGCAAGAGAUUCCAUCAGAGUUGCAAUCUUCAGCGUCAUCAGAGAACCCAUACAGGGGAAAAACCUUUUGAAUGUUCUGAGUGUGGAAAGAGAUUCCGUCUGAGCAGCCAUCUUCAGAGUCAUCAGAGAACCCAUACAGGGGAGAAACCUUUUGAGUGCUCCGAGUGUGGGAAGAGAUUCAGUCUGAGUCGCAAUCUUCAGCAGCAUCAGAGAACUCACACGGGGGAGAAACCUUUUGAAUGCUCAGAGUGUGGGAAAAAAUUCAGUCAGAGAAGCAAUCUUGAAGUGCACCAAAGAACCCACACAGGAGAAAAACCUUUUCAGUGCUCCGAGUGUGGGAAGAGAUUCAGUCACAGUCACCAUCUUCAAAAUCAUCUGAGAACCCACACAGGGGAGAAACCUUUCGAAUGCUCAGAUUGUGGAAGGAGAUUCAGUGAGAGGGGGUCUCUCCAAAAGCAUCAGAGAACCCACACAGGGGAGAAACCUUUUGAAUGCUCAGAGUGUGGAAAGAGAUUCAGUGGGAGGGGAUAUCUUCAAAAGCAUCAGAGAAACCACAGAACGGAGGAACCCGUCAUGAGUCAGGCAGGUCAGGGGGUAUGAAGUCACCCAAUGGUUGCUGCCAGGUCUAGGGUUGCCAACUUCCAGGUGGGAUGUCGAGAUCUCCCAGAAUUACAACUGAACUUUAGACAACAGAGAUCAUUUCACCUGAAAAACAUGGUUGCUUUGGAGAGUGGAUGCUUUGAUAUAAAUCCUAAAUUGCUGUUGGGCUAGGCUGUGGUUCAAACUAACUUCUACUAAUCCCUGAAUAGACAGAAAAUAAUGUUGUUUGGGAAGAUGGAGAUCUUGAAUGACUUUAUGCUGCCCGCUUUUGAGGGAAUUUGACUUUCCCUUGCUGACUUACUUAAAAGCCAUGUCCCAGCACACCCACAUUAUCCAGAAGUGACAUGAGCACAUUGGUGGCACGCUUACAUCACAUUCAGGUGACAUGGGUGCUCUGAGGGCAGGGCCUGACACCACCCUGAAGUUAUGUGCAUGCAUUGGUCUGAAUACAGUUGACCAGACAGCUAAGCUUGUGUAAUAAAUAUAGCCUUUUAAAUGGAUUUUUUAAAAACCCAGUGUUCUAAAGAUCUGUGAAGUUGAAAUGUUAUUACCGGGGGUCGUUUUGUAGAAAAAUAGGUGGUGGAACUCAUCCAGGGAUUGUUAUGCAGCUGCACAUACUAUUCAAUGGAUAAGGAGGUGGAACUCUCAGAAGGAGGAGGGGGAACUCUCCGAAAGGUUCAGGAGCUGUGCUCCUGUGAGCUCCCAUUGAAUCCGAGGCCUGGUUAUUACACUAACACCUGUCUGUGUUUAUGUGACCCUGAAGGAAGUUAGCGCCAUUCCUUUUCUUUCCUCCCAAUUUUUGUAUGCUGUCACAGCAGUACCACUUUAGGCCAUCUGAGAUAGAUUUGUGUUGUGUGUUCCUGGAGUUCAAAGGAGGUGUGGGCUGAGGUUUUAAAAAUUAAGAUUUACCUUCAUUUCAGAGAGGCCUUCCUGAAGCACCUGUGCAGCUGAAUGGUCUCUUUGAAGAUUGGACAUCAAACCUGUUAAGGAUUGAUGAUCCUGUUGCUGUAUGUGUAAGCUAGUGAUAUUUUAUGCUGUUGUUAUUUUCUGCUCACCAGUGUUACUCUAAAUCGCUUGUUUGGGGUAAUAAAACUGUAAAUUGUGUUUAA